AUGAAAUCUCCAAGCGGCAUGAAUCUAAAUGUAUUCGUUGAUAAUUAUAACGAUAACAAAUCAGAUAUUCCCUAUGAUGGAUAUUUGGGUUUAGAAGAAAAGAAACCUACCAAAUAUUUGAAACCAAAGGCUGUUGAAAACAUUUCGUAUGAAUUCCGUAUUGGACUGGGAGAACUUUUGUCACCUAUAAAUAAUAAGUUUAACGAAGUGCAUAUUUCAGUUUUCAAUUCUAAAUCGCUUUAUACCAAAAAGUUGAAUUCGAAAUCCAAGAAACAAAGCAUUGAAAAAAAUAAACCAUUUCAAUCGCCUCAUAAAGCUUCUGCGAAUACGAAAGUCAGACCAUAUAAAAGCAAUGUGCUACAAAUUAGCCGGAUUUUACCAAAGACGGCUCGUAAAUUACAAAAACUACAUUCACAGAAAGGAAAUAAACAAGUUAAAGAUCUUGAACCAUUGAAGAAAUUGUCGUCAAAGUAA